GCCCGCUCGGCCCGCCCGCCCCGGCCGCAUUCCUGGCCCGGCCGCGGCCGCCUCAAGAAUGCGUCCCGACAGGUUCUGCCCGCGGGGGCGGCGGGGGGCUCGCGGCCCGCCCGGGAAUGCGGAUGGGCCUCGCGGGGCCUGCGGCGGGGAACGGCGCUGCGCGGCGGCUGAACCCGGGGGAGCGGAGCGGAGCGGGCCGGGCCGGGGGGCGGCGGGGCCGGGGGGAGCGCCGGCAUCCAAUGGGCCCGCGGGGAGCGCGGCGGGACAAAGGCAGCGGCCGCCGGUCCGGUCAUUUAAAGGCUGUAACGUCGCUACGUUGGGUGAAAUCGUCGGAGGGGCGGCGAUGUGGGGCCGCGCGGCUGGGUAGAUAGAGAAUAGUGUGCCAAUGCGCUGAGGGCAGCUGUGCAGAGCUGGACGUUGGAGGAAAGAUUAAAGUGGGAUUUUUGAAAAAAAAAUUAUGCAUUUAGGAUUUCUGAGCCGAUGUUAAUGUGCUCGUGAACUGUGAGACGUGCGUCAGUAAUGCUGGAGCUAGAAGAAAUAAAACCACUUUGCUGAAUGAAGUACGACUUGGGAGCUCUCGCUGCUCGGGGCCUUACAGCUGCCGUUGCCGUGUGGCACUUUGUGUGCUUUUACAGCCCUGUUGCUGUGGGGCUCUAAGGCUGCCCUGCUGGACUCGAUGGUCCCGACGGGUCCUCCCCAGCUUGGGGUAUUUGAUGGUUCUGUGGCCUGACAUUCACGUGUGCCACCUGGCUUUGCUCUUACAAGGGGGCAGUUCUAACAAAGAAAGAAAAUAAAAAUACAGCUGGUGGGGAAGUCAAUUUAAAAAAUCGUUUGGGUGGUUGUACUGAGAAUUUGAAAAGUGCCUAACUAAAACCAUUUAUAAAGCCUUGUAACGUAGAGGUGUUCCCUAUAAGAAUGAGGUUUCCUCAAGGGCUCGUGCUCAACUGCGCAGAACUUGUGGGCUCGCUCAUCUUGCUGUGAAUUGGCAACAUCUUCGAGUUGUUUCAGUUUAAUGGGAUGACUGAAUGUCAGCUUCAGGUAGGAAGAGCCUCUCAAACUGGUUCAUCAGGAGCGCAUUCUUCUGGGGGCACCGCUGUGGGGUCACAGCCCGCAGAGGGACGGCUCAUGCUGGGAGUGCCCAUAGGAGCUGUGGGUGCAGCGGGGCAGAGGCGUACAGUGCGGUGGGGGACACCCUAAAACACGACUUGCUUUUUGCAUUUGGUCAUAGUGGAAGGUUGAGGAGAUGUUAGUUUGGAAUGCGUUUUGAUCUAAAUUGGAAGUUAGAAUGAAUGGUAUUCUUACGCAGAAUAAAUAAUUAAUCCCUCCUCUUUGCUGCAAGGUUUGUUGGUAUGAUUUUAGCAGGAUUUCGGGGAAGAUAUUAGUGGUUAUCUGAUUAAUCGGGACGCGCUUGGUUGCCAUUUUAUUUCAUAGAUGGUACAGAUAAACUUAUCCCAUGCACUUACGCUCUGGAUAAACUUAUCCUGGAUCAGAGUGUAAGUACAACUGAUGAGAUAAAGGAGGAGGUCUGCGCAGAGCUGUGUGCUGAUGGGUGGCUGUGCUGGGAGCAGGGCGGUGCUGCCCCACGGCUGGAUCCCACUCACAGGCUGCCCCGCGGCUUUUCCUCCGUGCCCUGGUUGUGAGUUUGGCUGCAUUGCUUGGUGCCUGCGUGUGAGUGCCAGCUGUGGUCACAGAGGUGUUUUGGUAAUGGAGUGAGGAAGGAGGAUUGGGGUGUUCCAAGGGGUCAGUGAAACUUCCUAACGUUUGUGCUUUGCUUGGUUGCAAGCAGAGUCGGAGAGUGUUAGCGCUCGGAUUAAAUCAUGCCAUCUGCUCUUAGGGAAGAAGAGAGGUUAGAUUCGAAUGUGCAGAGAGUUGGAUGAGGCUGAUGCGGUGCUUUAUGGCACGGCCUGGCCUGCUCCCUGUGGCUGUUACGUCACCGGCACGCUGUCACUGCGCGUUAACAUUCUCUCUUCACGGCCACUUCAGUGCAGGUUUUUGUCCUCGUGUUUCUGUCACAACGUCCAGCAAAACUUCUGAACCCACACGGACCUGAGGUGAAAUGGCAAUCGAAUGUGAGAAUCAUUGAUUUGAAAUUGGCUCUGAUUAUGCUUUUGAGGGUGCUUUUUCCCAUUCAUGUUUAGCUUGGACGAGGGAAUAUUUUCCUUUGAGUGUCCCAAGAGCUUUAUCUUCCAGUUCGUACUUCUGCACUUGCAGCUGACGAGCAGUCCCAGCUAGCGUGCAUCCACACUUGCUGAGUUCAGACAGUCUCCUCCCUCUCUUUUCCUCACUGCUCUGCUCACACCGAUGUUUCUGUAGCCCUACGUUGAACUGUUGGCUUGGGGAAUGGUCAUGUUAAAACAAACUCAGUUUUUCCUUUCUUCAUUCUCCUUUAAAAAAAAAAAAAAAAGGAAGAGGGGAAGAGAAAUGAUGGCGUUAUGGCUGCGGAUGGAGUUUGCUGUGGAUCUCCUCGAAUGACUUACGCUGACUCAAGGAAGGGAUGUGUGAAAACUAGCUGUGGGAAGGGUGGGCCCACGUCUGGCUCAGCGUGCCCAGGAAGCAGCUGUGAUCCUCGGGCUGUGGGAUCUGCGGCCUCUGGGACACGGCGGCUGUGGGGCUGGUGCUGGAGCUCAUCCCUGCAGCACUGAGCACCUUGUGCUGAGGACUGGAAAGCUGGCUUUUGGUGUACAGUACAGAACCAGUACCUCUAAAAAGUUGAUCCUUUGUAACCGUUGCUGAAGGAUGGUGGCUGCUAAUAGAUAAUAGUGAUAAAUUUCAGUCUUCCGCUCUUUAUGUAACAUACUGUCCUUUUUGAAAUAAAACAACCAAAAAGUGCAUACAAAUUGCUAAUGUAGUAGAAGAAUCACUGAAGCGUAAAACCAAAAACCUUGAGGCUGGUUGUUCUGUGGUUGAAUAUCAUAUGCAGCAUUCAAAUAUAACAAAGUUAACUAUUCAUUAUGAACAGGCAGAGGUACAAAACUGCAAUCAAAGCAGUUCAUUCAAUGUCAAGCACUAAAUCUGGGCUGAUUAAAUGUGCUAAUUUAGCUAAUGCUUUCAUUUUGACCAGCUAAAAAGUAACGUGUGCUAAAAGUUGCAUCUUUUCACUGGAGCAGGUAAAGAAAAAGCCCUUCACUCUUUUUUUUCUCUGUUUUGUUUUUCAUAUCUGGCAACCUGUAGAACUGCAGGGCUUUUUGGAGCUUGGAAGCAACAAGAAAAAUGUGAGCAGUCUCCUGAAGAGCUCCUUUGCCCUGAAAAUGUCACAUAGUCAAAACUCGGCUUCCUUCCAUGCUUACGUGACUGUGAUCUAUUUGUGCUCACUGGGAUUUAUUGGUGCACUACAUACGCUUUGUAGCAAUUUCUUUUUUUUUACUAGAAUUCUUUUUCUUUCCACAAUCCAAGAAGCAACUCUAGCAACGCAAUGAAUGAAUGAUCAAAGAAGAGCAGAACAGAUGCCUUAUGAAAACAGCAAGAGCCUGCUUUUACAUUUGGACUUCAGAAGUAUACGAGCAGUUUUCAGGAGUAGAAAUAACAUGUUUUAGCUGCUUUGAGGAGCCCCAAGAAGGUGCUGUAGCAGGCAGGCCGUGCCGAGUGUUUCUUUCUGCGGGCUGAUGGUGACCAGAGCAUAGUGAGUUCUGCCGGCCUUGGACGUGUCUGACUCUCUUUUGAGUCCUUCUGUCUUACUGGCUUUAAAGUCAGAGCUAUGGAGUGCGUUGCUGCAAAAUGACUGUCUGGAUUUGGGGCAGGGUGUUGAAUUCCCAGCUUUUCUCACCAGAAUUAGAAAAUUCCAGGACAGUGCUGUUGGAUCAGCCCCUCACUCUGCUGUGUGUUCCUACCCAGUUCUCUACAUUGAGCCAACACAAUGUUUUCUUAUGUCUCCAAAUGAAUGGGAUUGGGAAACCAGUUCAGGAGUACACUGUGCUUUGAGUCGGGUGUUCUGAUGUUCUGCCCCUGAUCCAGCUUACUGUGCAGCUACACUGUGGUGGUAUCCAGACAAGACCGGGCAAACGAGGGCUGGGGUUCGCUGCUGGGGGAGGAAGGGUUUGGGGCAGAGCUGCCGACCACGUGGCUCUGCCUUGGGAUGAGGUGCUCCUUGUGCCCUGCCUGCCCUGUGGUGCAGUGUGCCUUCUGCAUUGGAGGCUUCUCAGGGAUCCAGAAGAUGGAAAACUAUGUGAACUGCCGUGCAGGUUUUCCUGACUGCUGAUAGGCUGCAAAGGCAGAAAAGUCUUUCGCAAUGCUUUCCUUUCUUCUUGCCUUCAUCUUUAGCUUUUUUAGUUCAUUAUAUACUUUGUGGACAUGAGGUUUUGCCUCUUUGCAUCCCUUAUACUUAGUUUUGCUCUGGAAACAUUGUUUUUUGUUUGCUUUUCUUACAUUUUUGAUACUUACUCUACUAGACGUCUGAAGGAGUAGUAAUGAUCACACAGAAAGAUAGCGGCCUGACCUCAUUUUGAAGUUCAGAUACGCUGCUAAUCUUAGCAGGAAUUGGUGAGUGGCCAAAGUGCAGGUGAAGUAAGGUACGUGCUCGUCCCUGUGUGCUUUAUCAUGUCUGUUAUCUUCCCUGUGUUUAUGUUAACAGUAAACUGAUGAGGGUGAAUAUUCUUUGGAUAAGAUUUGGCUUUCUCAUCAGUAAGUACAGCAGCUGUUUUAAGGACUGACUGAAAUGAACUCAUGGGUCUAACUUUGAACUGUAUCGUAACAGUCUCUGCUGGGCACGUGGUAAAAUCCAAAGGAACUGCUGUUUGCAAAAGCAUGCAGUGCUUUAGCAGGGCUUGAAAUGUAGAUGCUUAGCAUCUGUUCGUAGAAUGGAAUCCCAAGUUGAGAGGGACACAUAGGGCCAUCCAGUCGGGCUCCUGAGCAUGAUGGUCAUUCUCUGCUACAUUGCAUGGUAUUCUCAGUUACUUUCUGGUAUUCACCGUGGCUCUUGGUCUGAGUGGCAAAGGUCCCUGCAACAGUGUAGGGAAUGCUUUCCCUUUGGGGUGGGUGUGCUGAGGAGUUGCCCUCCCAGUCCCAUCCAUCAGCUGUCCCAACAGCAGCUGGAGAGCUUUUGCAGUUGCUUUGUAAACAAUUGGAAAGGAUUUGGGGUCACCUUGCAAAGUUUAUGAAACCGGUGCAGUGUACCAAAUAAUGCAGAGGUUUGUUAUUAAAGGCAGGUCUGAGUUGUGGCGAAGUUUGUUUGGCAAACAGAAGGCAGACGGAUAGCAGUCAAUGCCAGUGCUCAGUGGCAAGAUGAGGCAUGUAGGAAAGAAAGAUUUAUAGGCAACAGUAAAAGAAGUUUUCACUUGUUGGAGUUGCACUCCAGUUCAGACAAACAGACACUUACAUGCCAGUUGUUUCAGUCGCAUUGUCCGGGGCCCUGAUGUUUUGUAUGGAUUUGCUGAGCAGAAGAAUCUGUAAGUUUUGAUAGCAGCACUACAGAGUGAUUGGAAAAUAAUAAGCUGCAGAGUUCAGUAGUUUCCAUGAACUGAUGGUAGUUUAUAUUUCCCUGUGCGUAGGGGAACACGAUCUGCUCAUACGACCAUUCACUGGUGGUGGUUGUACAAGCUGCUGUGUGCAGCAGGGCAGGCAGAAGUGACCCCCGCAGCUGUCCUGGCCCCCGGCUGGCCGUGCCCAGCAUCCUCAGCUUUGCUCGUGUGGACUGCUCCAGUCCCUUCGUCAUCCUCGGGGCCCACGUGCGUGUCAGGCUGUGAAUUCUGAAGUGUUCUUGUUGCUAUUGGGACUUCUGUGAGUUCUCACAUCAGCAAUUCACGUCCAGUAUCAAUCUGCACCUGCUUUUCUUACUGGGGCAAGUUGUUCCUCUUGAACGUAGCAGUUUAUUUUCCCAAAAUUUGUAGGAAAUGUAUGGGUUUUGUGUCCUAUUGCCUCUUGGCUGAAGGUAUCUGAGGGUUCGGACUGGAGCUGGAGUUCUGGGCUGCUAAGCUGGAGCCCUGCUGCUCCCUAAGCAGAGGGGUUACGGCUGUUCAGCAGGAGUGUGCUCCUUUGGAAUUGACUUCCUCGGUAUUGUGGAGUUUGGUGCUCCAGGCAUGUGGCCCCGUUCAGCAGUUUUAAACUCUUCUCUGUAUUUUCUACUGGUAGAACUUCCAUCAGUUCUUGGCUGUAAGUAUAUUUGAGUGAACACGUGCCCUUCCUUUGCCUACACACAGAUUCCCUUUGGGUAUAAAACUGGCUUUGUUUUUCUUUUAGGGCAUCUGUAUUGUAGAUGGGGCUUUCUGCCUCGCCUUGAAACCUGAGCUGUACCUGGGAUGGAGCUGCUCCUCCAUCAGAUGGGGAAGUUGUUUGGUUUCUUAUUCUGUGGCCUGAAAAGAUUCAGUUUAAUCUUCAGCACUUUGUUUAAGUUAUGUGCUGCCAAUUCAAUAAAAAAGGUGCUUUCAGAGGCGUGGUAGCAAGGAAGGGAUUAUAUUGUGUAGAGUAAAAUUAAGUACCGCUUGCUGUGCAGGUAUUGCAAUACAUUAAUACAAUAGCAAAAGAAUUCAUUUCAGAAAAUUACCUUUCUGCCCCCGAGCCAGGGAAUCUGCAGGGCUUUAUAUUUACUGAAUUAAGCUUUAGCAUGUAGAGGAAAGAAAGCUGAAGCCCUGGGAACUGGGAGCAGAUGCCUGAUGCAGUGGGAUCCCAGUACCUGCUGAAGGAAUCUGAGAACAAGGCUCCUCCCUUAAAAGUUCAGUAAGGAAAGACAAGUUUGUGGAGCUGGUGAGGUCUUCAGUAUAGCAGCAGGGAGGCUGUGGUGCCCUGCUCCUUCCCAGCAGGUGGCCCUCAGUGAGGCAUGUCUGAGUCCCCGGAAGCUUUUGCUGGGGUGUCCAGCUAGCAUCGUUAUCUGCACACCAAGCUGAUUACCCCCAUGAACUCUAACCUCCGGUGGGCUUAUCUUCUGUUACAUUAUCUUUCCAUGAAUCCUCAUCAAGCUUUAGCACAUACAAAGCGUUGUGCAUGCGAAACCGAGGAAUUGAGUGGAAGGGGUCAUGGAUGAUAAAGCACAGAUAAACAGGCCUUGCUUUUUUUGAUAGUUUUCAUGGCUUCAGAGUUAAAGACACCCAGUGCAAUGAGCAGGCGGUGAUUUAAAACAAGAUUUAUUUGGUUGGGGUUUUUUUCGGCACACCAUUUGAUUUCAGAAAUAGCUGAUGGAUGUUUUGGGUGGUAGAAGGGGCGAUACUCGAGGUGUCAGAUCUGUAGUGGAUACGCCUGCUAAGCAGAGCGCAAUGGUAGGGAGUAGGUCUGCAGCUGCUUGUAGAGCCUGGAGGGUAUUCUGUGUAGAGCUUACUGGUUCUUGCUAACCUCUCCUUGUAGUUUGCUGCUAUCAGAGAAAAGAUAUCUCUGUUUAGUUUGAUUUGGCAUUACCAUCCCUAUGUUUUCCACCACUUGGCAAUUCCAGAUUAGUUACACCACUCAUUCUUUUCACUGCCGCUCUUCCUCUGAUUCCAUUGGGGUUUUAGCUCUGCGGUACAGAAAAGAACGUUUUAUCCACGUUUUGCUGUUAAAUGUUUGGCUUGGCUUCCCACUUUAUCAUCAAACAUAGUACUUGAAUUGUAGCUAGGAACCAAAGUGAUGGUAAGGGAGCAUAAGUGCUCUUCAGUUUGGGGGAAGGUGCAUGAAAGCACCCUUUAAUGUCAGCAGCAUACUGAAGUGAGCCCAGGGGCUGUGCUGAUGGCUUGUGGGCUCUGUAUGGUGUCAUGGUAGGAAAGACUGGAACAUGCCAAGUCUCAUGAAUGUGGCCUCCAGACCUGUCUUCACAAUGAAAUGCGAAUAUGAGAGGUGAUUGCAAUGUAUUUAAAGUCCGAAUUCUUGCACACUGUCAUUGUUCAAGGUUGGAUAUUGUGGUAUGGCUCAAAAGGAGAAGGCACAUCUGUCUUUUUGUUGCUGGCAGUACAGCAGUGGGCGCUGUUACAGUUGUUCUACAGCAAAUGUAAGAGAUGGCAAAUAUAAACCCACUGGAAAACAUUGUGCAAACCUGAAAAGGCUGAGAAGUGCUAUUCUGAGACGAGAGUAAGGGGAGUGUCAAAUGGACUUCUGUCUGACUCCAGGUGGUGCUUUGCACCUACAGAACUGAUGUAACUGGCUGGAUGGAGCACCUGGUUACCUUUAGUUUUGGUAAACUUUGAUUUUGGCACAAUAGCAGUGUUUUAAAGUGGUUGCAAAGUAGUUAUUGCUAAUGCUUGUUCUUUGGACAGGCAAUAUUUGGGCAUUUCGGAGAUGAAGUUAAAGCUUUUCAGAGGCGGAAUGCAGAUAGGGAGGAAACAGAGUAUCCUUUCCAGUCGGUUUUGGGUAGAAUCACAAAGUGUUGCUGUUGUUAUAACAUUGUUAUUUACUGUUGUUACAUGGAAAAAUAGAGUUGCUUGAAUUCCUUAAUUGAAUUUUCAUACCUAUCAUAUUUGGACUCUUUUCAAAGGGCAAACUUAGUUCUGUUUCCCACAUGCCGAAAAAUUAAAAUACAGCAGCUUUGGGUUGUUUUCUUUUCAUUCUUCUCAAUUUUGGGUUGUUUACGAGCAGUGUGCCUCGUUAAAUACUGCUGCCCCUUACGUAGCAAAGUCUCUCAGACGCGAUGGGUGCUUUGGCUGUGCUGCUGAGCAGUGCCCAGCCGGGUCUGCGUCUGCGCCUCUGUCGUUCUUCAGUUGUGCUGCUUUGUCUGCCGUGUUUUAGAAGCUUCUUUUGAGUUCUGGGAGUUGAGUCUGGAAUUGACAAUGGCACAGGACAGACUUUUUAGUAAGUCAGUGCCGGUCCAUUCCUUGAAGUGACACUCACUAAAUAAAGUUGUUGUCUUUCUGAGAUUUGUAAAAUUGGAUGCAAACAAGACCCAGGAUUUAUACUGUCUGUCUGCAUUUAUAAAAGUACUCUUUGAGCUGUGAAUGAGGAUGACUGAAACACAGCCAGGAAAGCUUUAUUUGAUAUUUGGAUGUGUGCCAUGAAUAGAGUUCAGCUAACACAUGCCUUUGUCAGUUGUUGAAAUUCAACUUUAAAAGGAUUAAUUUCUCAACCCUACCCUGCUGAGCAGAAACCCUGAAUGUUGAGAUUAACAGCUUUUCUGAAGGUUGGUGGAACACUGCAGUAAGUGACUUUUGCUCAGGUAUAAAUUAUGGGCACAAUUACCCUUCUAACACGAGCACUUUUGGUCUCAGUGCUUGCAGCUUUAAAAAACGAGGAAAAAACCUUUCGGAUUUUAUUUAUUUUUCAAUACAAGAGGCAACAAUGCUGGAGUUGUGAUAAAACUUCAGUGACUCGGUUAGUGAUAUAUUGCUGAUGGACUUGGUAUGAAAUAACGUUGGCUGUGUGUCAGUGGGCUCCUCUCCUGCUCACCAGCAUGUGCCGUGUGUGCCGUGUCAGCAGCACAGUGCAGCUCCUCUGCUGCUGCUUCACAGGGGACUUUUACCAACAUCAACUUCUUAAUCAAAGUUUUCUGCUGUGGGCAGAAUGAUUGCACCUGCCUUGCCCUGUGUGCUCAUGAAUCGUGUUGAUUUAGGGUUUGCUGCUUUUGUCUGAAGCCGGAGGGAACUGGAAGGAAGAUUUUGUGUUUGGUUGUGUAAAACAGCCUUGUAUACACUGCAGUUUCUUUGAAAACCUGCCACUGUUGCUGUAGCAGCAAUAUAGCUCUGCCAGUAUUGACAGUAAGGGGAGCACUGGUGGCAGGGCUUGCUCCCGGUGUUCAGCUGUGCUGCCAUCCACAGAUCCACUGCUCGUGGCAUGGAUGAUGCAACACAAGGGAGGCAACAAGUUCACUGUUUUCACCGCUGUCUGCUUGGAGGUGCGGCUGAAGAAGGCAGCAGUGCGAGUGCCUGGAGCACAACUGGCAUGCCUUCCUUUCAGAAGGAUGUGUUCCUCACAAUGGUGCAUGGGGAAAGGACAUAACCCAAACACGUUUGUCACCUGGUUAAGUGUUGGUUUGAGCUGAGUACUAUGUUUAAUCACAUGGUUCUGAAACACCCCCAGAGGUGUCAGGUAGGCACUGCUGUGGUGUUACCUGGCAGACUGAGCACCGGCCUGCACGGACACGGCCAUGUCCUGCUGCGUGCUGGUGGCUGGGCAGCCUCAUCAGCUGCUGCCUGCCUGUGGCUCAGUUUCUGCAUGUGCAAAAAUAGAAGAAAUCAUACUGACAGCCUUGUAAUGUGCCUUGGGGUGCAUGCAUCAAGGCUAUGAAGGAGUUCCGUGCCCCAGCCCAUCAGCUUGGCUCUUCCAGAGCAGUGAUGGCUUGCACCUUUUGCUGGUUAUGCACAGAUCCUGUGCCAUUUGUGUGUGCAUGGAGGUGUGUUCUCAGCAUGGCUGUUGCGGUGCUCCUUGCUGACUUAGGGGCACAAAGCCUCAGGCUGCCUGCCUGCGUCUCCCUGCAGACCUGAGCAUAGCUGGGCUGGGUGCAUGCAAUCCCUGCACCAUGCAGCAGCGCACAUCCCAUCAUUCUGUACUGUAGGAACCGAACUUGUUCAAUUAAACCAAACGUGGGGUAUGUGGGAGGACCUUGUUUUCCCUGGUGGAUAAAUGGAGGGAGCUGAUCAGCUCCUACAGGCUCUUCCUGAUGUGAAAUAGUUCCCUUGAAAGGGUUCCCACACCCAAGCUUUUGUUGCAGAAAAAUCCGUCAGGGUCUCCUGACGCUAACAUGUUGUUACAAAGCAAGGCUUUGCUUGUGUGUUGAGUAUUUAGAGCUGACGUAACACUCCCACCUCCCUUUCAGAACCCUUUGUGAACUGAGCCUUUGUGGUGUUGUUUAGUGACUGGGUUUAUUGUAUGCAACUAUAUUGUUUGUCAUAGACUGGAUUUGUGGGUAGAACCAAACUUUAAGUUAAAAAUAAACAAGCUAAAAACAACCAACCAAAACAUGGGGGUUCUUCUGAAAGGACCAGAAGCCUUGAUUUUUCCAGAUAUAGCGUAGAUUUUGGUUUUAGUGCCUUCUACAAACAUUUCUGAAAGACCCUCAAUUGCACGUAGAGCUUCAUUAAGCAGCACCUGACUUUGGAGUGGGGAGUGACAGCAGGGACCUUGUCAUACAGGUUUAGCUCCAAACUCCACGCUUUAAUGUGAACUGAUGAGCGUCACAGAAUCUGUAUGUGCAUGGGCACUUUGAACCUGGUUUUUUUAUGCUGCCUGGGGAUGUAUGCAGCACGUGGACACUGGUUUUGGUGGUUUGAUUUUUCUUUCUUUCUAGUGUCUUUCAUCUGCAGAGUACGUGUGCUCCACUGUGCUUUCCUCGCUUGCAGCCUCUACAGCUGAAGCUACUUGCAUGUUUGUGUACUUCUAAUUGUUUUUUAAUUUAGUUCCAUGUAAACAGCUCUUUGCCUGUUUGUUUGCUUGUUUUUUGAUCAGCUCGGAGUACCUCAUUAGAAGAGAUUUCUGCUAGCAUGCUGCCAGCUGAUUAGAAGAGUGCACCAAGGUUUGUCUAAUCUCUGGUGUGACUGUCAUGUGCUACAGCAAGGAAGUGGCUUCGGGAGAAGCAGCCAAAUCUGCAUGGGUAUUAAACCAUGUUGAGGAGAACUGUAUUGGUGGGGAUGAAGUGGACAGCCGUUUGGUGCAGGGAGCUUAUUAAACACAAGGAUUGUCUUUGCUGUUCAGAAGGCCAAGGAAGUGGUGAGAGAUUUCCAGUACAUACCCUUAAAAGCAAGGAGCCCAUGGGAACGCCUUAUCUGCCCCCAGUGCACCGGCACUGACCGUGAUCUGUGCUCAGGGUGCUGCUGUUACUUUGGGAUGGGGCCGAGGGUUUGGGGGAUGGCCUGGCUGUGCUCUCAGACAUGCGGUGGUGGUUCAGCUGCACCCGAGGAGCCACCUCACAGAGCUUGGGGAGGAAAUGAGUCCUCCUGCAGCAUCAUGAACCGGUUCUGGCACAGCGCGAGCCAGCGAGGCACUGAAUUGCUGGGAUCGCAACUCUUCAUCCAUAUAGCUGAAACUUCUAUGGGGCUGUAACUGAGGAGUCAUUCAAGGCUCAUUCCAUAAUCUGUCUAUGACCUUCUCCCAAAGGAGCUGCAGUUACCACCUUCCAGAGAAACAUCUGUAGCAUCCAUGAGCCAAACAAGUGGAGGCGAGGCAGGUUCGCCUCCUCCAGCUGUAGUUGCUGCUGAUGCUUCUUCAGCUCCUUCCUCUUCCUCCAUGGGCGGUGUUUGCAGCUCCUUUACCACCUCUUCCAGUCCUACCAUUUACUCUACCUCAGUCACCGACAGCAAGGCUAUGCAAGUGGAGAGCUGCUCCUCAGCCGUGGGGGUAAGUAACCGAGGGGUAAGUGAAAAGCAGUUAACCAGUAACACGGUCCAGCAGCAGCAGUCAACGCCGAAGAGACACACAGUGCUGUACAUCUCGCCACCACCUGAGGACUUGCUGGACAACAGUCGGAUGUCCUGCCAAGAUGAGGGGUGUGGAUUGGAAUCAGAACAGAGCUGCAGUAUGUGGAUGGAGGAUUCACCCUCCAACUUCAGUAACAUGAGUACCAGUUCCUACAAUGAUAACACUGAGGUGCCACGUAAAUCACGCAAACGAAAUCCAAAGCAGAGGCCAGGGAUCAAACGCCGAGAUUGUGAAGAGUCCAACAUGGAUAUAUUUGAUGCCGACAGUGCCAAAGCGCCUCACUAUGUCCUUUCUCAGCUCAGCACGGACAGCAAAGGCAACUCAAAAGCAGGAAAUGGAGCGUCGGAGAGCCAGAAAGGAGCUGGAGGGAAGAAGACCCCAAUGUUGUGUGGUCAGUAUCCAACCAAAAGUGAGGGGAAGGAGCUGAAGAUAGUGGUGCAGCCGGAAACCCAGCACAGGGCUCGUUAUCUGACCGAAGGCAGCCGAGGCUCAGUGAAAGACCGGACACAACAAGGUUUUCCAACUGUAAAGCUGGAAGGUCACAAUGAGCCGGUGGUGCUGCAGGUGUUCGUGGGAAAUGACUCUGGCCGAGUGAAACCGCAUGGCUUCUACCAGGCCUGCAGAGUUACUGGGAGAAACACCACUCCCUGUAAGGAGGUGGAUAUCGAGGGCACUACUGUUAUUGAGGUGGGACUGGACCCUAGCAACAAUAUGACACUUGCGGUUGAUUGCGUGGGAAUACUGAAGCUGAGAAAUGCUGAUGUCGAAGCUAGAAUAGGGAUUGCUGGUUCCAAGAAAAAAAGCACACGUGCCAGGCUGGUAUUUCGUGUUAACAUCACUCGCAAAGAUGGUUCCACGUUGACUCUGCAGACACCUUCUUCCCCAAUUCUGUGCACUCAACCAGCAGGAGUUCCCGAGAUCCUAAAGAAAAGCCUGCACAGCUGUUCGGUGAAGGGUGAAGAGGAAGUUUUUCUAAUUGGCAAGAACUUUCUAAAGGGAACGAAAGUGAUUUUCCAAGAGAAUGUUUCUGAUGAAAAUUCUUGGAAGGCAGAAGCUGAAAUAGACAUGGAAUUGUUUCAUCAGAAUCACCUUAUUGUGAAGGUGCCACCGUAUCACGACCAGCGAAUAACCUCAGCUGUUUCUGUGGGAAUUUAUGUGGUGACCAAUGCUGGACGAUCGCAUGAUGUGCAGCAAUUCACGUACACUCCAGAUACAUCAGCUGGUACUCUGAAUGUUAAUGUGAAGAAGGAAAUCUCCAGCCCAGCCCAACAUUGUUCUUUUGAAGAGGCUAUAAAAGCCACCAGUUGUAAUCUGGAGAAGGUGAAUAUUCUUCCUAGUGCCUUGAUAACUCCACUCAUGCCAAGCAGUAUGAUUAAGAACGAAGAUGUGUCUCCAAUGGAAGUAAGCGCGGAAAAAAGAUCUCCCCCUGUCUUCAAGGCUUCAAAAGUAGUUGGACCGACUCAACAAACAUUAGAAAGCAGUAUGCCUGGCAUACCGACUUCUGCUUCCCAUUUACCUUCUGAAAAUGAAAAGCAGCAACAAAUACAGCCUAAGGUUUAUAAUCCAGAGACUCUAACUACUAUCCAAACGCAGGAUAUUACCCAGCCUGGUAGCUUUUCAUCUGUCUCUACUCCAGGUCAGCUGCAGAACAGUGACACGUUAUUGCAGCAAGCUGCGCAGUUCCAAACAAGGGAUUCCCAAACCAGAGAAGUCUUGCAGUCAGAUGGCACAGUAGUCACUUUGUCACAAUUAACUGAUGCUUCGCAACAACAACAAUCCACACUACCAGAACCAGCGCAGGCGUUACAGCAACAGAUUUCAUCGAGUAUUUUCUCGUCAGCGAGUGGUGUGAGUCAGCUGCAGAACACUAUACAGCAAUUGCAGGCUGGAAAUUUUCCAACUAACACUGCCACAGGCAGCAGUAGAAAUGUAGACUUGGUGCAGCAGGUACUGGAAGCUCAACAACAGUUAUCUUCUGUUUUAUUUUCUGGGUCUGACAGCAAUGAGGAUGUUCAAGAUCAGCUGAAUGCAGAUAUCUUUCAGCAAGUUAGUCAGAUACAAAAUACUGUAAAUCCUGGGAUAUUUUCUUCGUCAGAUACAGCUGUCCAUUCCAGACCAGAGAACCUUUUGCCUGGAAGAGGUGAAAAUGUUCAUCCACAGCCUGAAAAUACAUUGUCCAAUCAGCAACAGCAACAACAGCAGCAGCAGCAGCAGGCAAUGGAGACUUCUGCAGCAAUGGUGAUAGGAAUCCAGCAAAACAUUUGCCAGGCUGCUACACAGAUGCAGUCCGAUUUGUUCUCUUCAACAACUUCAGGGAAUGGAGCCCUCCAACAGUCACCUGUUUACCAGCAGGCUUCUCAUAUAAUGAGUGGGUUAUCAACGAGCGAAGACAUGCAAAUGCAGUGCGAAUUAUUCUCUUCAUCUCCUGGUGUUUCUGGAAGUGAGACUAAUUCUACAGCUCAGCAGCAGGUCUCCAACAAUGGACCUACUAUAUUUCAGGCAUCAAGUUCUGCAGAUGGAGAGGAAGCUUCAGGACAGAGUAAACAGAUGCAAAGUUCUGUAUUUCAGACCAUGGUUCAAAUGCAGCACAGUGGAGAAAGUCAAUCUCAAGUUAAUCUCUUUUCAUCUACCAAAAACAUGAUGACUGUUCAGCCAAGCGGAGCUCAGCAGCAAGGAGGUGGUCUGUUCCAGCAGGGCGGAGAAAUCAUGUCUAUUCAGCCUGCAAACUUUAUGCAGCAAUCUCCGCACUCACAGGCUCAGCUUUUUCACUCUCAGAAUCCUAUUGGUGAUACUCAGAAUAUAUCACAGGAAACACAAGGCUCCAUUUUUCACAGUCCAAAUUCCAUUGUCCACAACCAGACAAAUGCUAAUUCGUCAGACCAACUGCAGCCUCCAAUGUUCCAUUCACAGAGCACCAUGGGUGUAUUACAGAGCUCUUCAGUUCCUCAAGACCAGCAGUCUGCCAACAUGUUCCUUCCCCAGAGUUCAAUAAGCAACCCAGCAACUCAAGAAGAGCAGAUGUCAUUCUUUACAAACCCAAGUUCCAUUUCUCCUCUUCAGGCAGCAGCAAACACUGAGCAACCAACUUCUUUCCAACAACAGACACAGAUAUCUCAUAUCCAGAGUUCUAUGCUUCCCCAGGAACAGCCUCAGACUCAGCCUGCUCAGCAAGGUUUGUUUCAGCCACAAGUACCUUUAGGUUCCAUCCAGUCCAGUUCAAUUCCCCAGAACCAACAAGGAGCUAUCUUCCAGCCUCAGCAUUCAAUAGUUGCUAUUCAGAGCAGUCCUCCAUCUCAAGAGCAGCCACAGCAGCAGCAACAGAACAUGAUGUUCAGUAAUCAAAAUGCAAUGAGUACAAUUGCUUCUCAAAAGCAAAACAUGAUUUUUAACCCAAACCAAAACCCCGUUACUAAUCAGGAACAGCAAGGCCAGUCCAUUUUUCAUCCACAGACUAACAUGGCACCAAUAAACCAGGAACAGCAGCCCAUGCAAUUCCAGAGUCAAACUACAGUGUCUUCUCUACAGAAUCCUGGAUCCAGCCAGGCUGAAGCACAGCAGCCAGCCAUCUUCCAUAACUCACCCCAGAUUCAGUUGGUCCAAGGGUCACCAAGUUCUCAAGAGCAACAGGUCACCCUUUUCAUCUCUUCUGCUUCCAUGUCUGCCUUGCAGAACAGUAUGAGCCAGCAAGAUCUGCAGCAAUCUCCUAUGUACUCCUCUCAAAACAGCAUGGCAGGAAUGCAAGGAACUGCUUCUCCUCCACAGCAGCAAGCUUCUUUAUUUCAUAACACAGCAGGAGGUGCUAUCAACCAGCUGCAGAAUUCUCCUGCUUCAUCUCAGCAGACUUCAGGAAUAUUCCUGUUUGGCAUUCAAAACAACUGUAGCCAGCUGCUGCCUUCUGGACCAGCUGCACUGCCUGAUGAGUUGAUGGCUAUCAGUCAGCCAGGUCAGCCACAGAGCGAGGGACAAGCAGCAGUGCCAGCGCUUCUCUCCCAGCAGAUACCUGAGACUUCUCCACUACCUUCAGCUAUGGCACCCAGUCAGAAUAUUGAGAAAAUAGAUGAUCUGCUUGUUUCACUGCAAAACCAGGGGAACAAUAUGACCGGCUCGUUUUAGUGAGGCAAAAAUUCUCUGAAGAAAGAGGUGAUGACUUCCUGGAUCCUCUCAAACCUUGUGACUCUGGAUUAGGCAGCAUGGAACUGAUUGCUUCUGUCAAAAAGUGGCCCUCUUUUCUAAAGAGCACAUACGUGGCCAGUUGCAGUGUCUAGCACCUAAGGCUAUGACUGUAUUAUUUGAGAUUCAAGAUUCGUAGUGCCAAUAAUGCUGAAAAGUUAUGCUUUGUUUUACAAGGGCAUAGGAUUGUACUGUUACCUGACUCCCAGUGCCCACCAAGAGUGGGAUGCUCUUUGAAUUUAAAGCAUAUCUGGUCAGUUAUUAUUGUUGUUGUUAGAAGGUAAUACGUACUACCACGUUUACUUUUGUUUUCCCCUUCUCUUCUUCACAUCCCCUCUUUUGACUAGAAAAGCUAGUGAAGCAGAAACAUCAAAUACCUGUGACGUGAAUCGUGACUCAUAGCUGUCAGUAAAUGAAGGGACUGGAUGUUUUACAGUUAAGUGGGAGAGCUAAUACUGUGAUUUAUUAACUGCAGUAGGGGGCAAUGAAAAUAUUUACACACAUAACAAAUGAGCAGAGAAUUUCUUGCUCGGGUAGCCUGAGCUGUAGGUAGCCUGACAGAGGUGGGUGCUUCCCAUCUGAGAACAUGAUUAACAGUUAUCCGUGUCCUUUACAUGUAACUGUAAAUAGAGCAAGGGUUUGGUGGCUCUAACAAAUUGAAGAAACAAAGGGGAGUUUUCAGUUAAAUUAUGCUCUAAAAAUCUUAACCUCUUAAAUAGCUUCCACUUGAAAAGAAUAUUCUGCCUGGCUGAAGAAACAACUGCUUUUGGUCUCCCAUGCUGACUGUAUGGGUCAGAACUUGUUGAAGCUGCAUUACCCAUUCUCAAACCCGUUUUUUCCUUUUUGUUCUUUUUAUGUUUUUCCUUCUCUCUUCCUCAGUUUCCUAUUAUGUUUUUGGAAGUGUUAUAAAAAUCCUGCUCUCUUUCAAGAUCAGAAGCAGCUUUUAGGAGUUCAUGACGCCAGCUCUUGUGCUGUUAAAAUGCUUGGUCAAACAGGCUCUGACAAAUAAAGAUUAAGGAAAGAGGAAGCAAUUCUUUUGCAUCCCAUCAAAUGUGGGAUUCCCCCUUAACCAGUCGCUUCCCAGCUGUUGUACAUCUUCUGUUUGACUUUACUCCAAACGGGGAAAUUAAAUCACUUUCACACAUUCUUGAAAAUUUCCCCUUAUCCUGAGCUGUUGCGUCUUUAUAGCUCGUUGCAAAUUUGAAGUGUUAUUCUCCUCCUGACAGUCCCCUAGGCACAGCUUCUAGGUUGUCAGACAUCGACUCGUUCCAGAAUGUAAAGCCAACCCACUCCAAACCAUGCAGUUGUGUUGUGAGACAUGAAUUUUUUGGGUGCUCCAACUGUCCGGAAGGUUUUGUGAUAUCUCACUGCAGCCCCAUUCGGAUGUUCGUUUCUUCUCCUUCUGCACGUAGAAAGCUGUUAUUGCAGUUAGAGCCAAACAGCUGUCAUGUAUGGCUAUUAUGCCUCGGUAUAGUGUAGUUGAUAUCAUGUCAUACUUCAUUGUUGUUAUUUUAAAUAACAAAGAAUAGUCUGUAAAUGGUUUUUAAGUUACUUUAGUCUGUUUACUGUGUUUUUUCCCUAACCCGUGUGCUUAGUUGAGCCGUGUAGAGUUUUUGUUUGUUUCAGUGGUUUUUCCUGUUUGUCGGUCUGUCAUAACGUUCAUUUUCUCUUUCUGUCUCUCUCUUUCUCUCUCUCAUUGAGAGGCAUUGAAUUACGUUUUCAGUAGUAAGGCUUCUUGCCGAUAUGAAGGGAACUUUUCAGAAAGAGACCUGCUCUGGGUCAUUUAAUUUUGAAUACAGUUUUCAAUCGUUCAAGUUUUGGAUGGUUUAUAUCUAAUGUGUGUUUCAUUUUUUUGGAAAGCUAUAUUUUGUAUUUAGGAAAUGGUAUACUAUUUUGCUAUUUGUACUGAGUGAGUACAUUGGCAUAAAUAUAAAAAUUUAUAUAUAUACAUAUAUAUAAAAUAUUCUUUUUGCCACACAUUUUUGUGGUAAAUUUGUGAGUUUGUCUGAUGUUCUACCACAACGUGGCGUCUGAUAACAGUGGGGUGGGGUGGGGUUUGUUAUGUCUUUAUUGAGUAUUUAAGUACUUUUUGCAACAUAAAUAACUUGUUCAUCUCUCGCCAUUCCAUCAGGCAAUGUAUUGUUCCAGCUGGCUAUGAGAAGCUUCACCGUGUGUGUUGGUGUCUGUCACUCAGCAGUUCAAUCUAGCACGGAAACCCGUAGGCAUUUAGGCGUAGAGCGGAUAACGGGGUUUCAUUCAGAAUGAGCCAUUCAGCUUUUAUCCUCUAUCACUGUCUAUUUAAUAUUUUAUUAUUAGUGCCUCUGUGGUUUAACUUUUAAUUUAUGAUUAUGCUAAAAUGUUUAAAAUUUUAAUCACGAUAAAAAGAAUUCCCUGCUUCAUACUGUCCAGAGCUGCUUUAUAACCCCAAACCAUACUUUUUCUUCCUGUGAUUUAUAUAUAUAUAUUUUUUUCUGCUAAGAGCAAAUAUUAAUAAAACCCUGUUAUGGUUCAUGACAUGAAAAUAGCAACCUUGCAGAACUGACUAAAUGCUAGAUGAGGAUGCGUACAAGACUGAGAAUUGUGGACCGAAACAGCUUCCAGAUGGUUGUGGAAGUUGAUAGCCAGUUACUCACAGAUGAGCUGGUGGCUUUGCAGGAUCCCAGUCCCAGGACAAACUGUCAGGUGUCAUCUGGGGCCUUCAUACACAGAAGAAGUAAUAGGAAUGACACGUUCACUUGUAUGUUGCUUCAGUUCGUUCCAUUGUUUUGAAGGGUGUAUCCUUUGUUGAAGUGUUGUUGGUCAGUGCCAAGUCACCAGGGACCAAUUUUCCAAUUAAGAAGUUAGGUGUCCAAAAGAGAACUUUAUACCAAGACUGCUACAGCUCCAGCGGAGGGUAUGUUUGAACUGUGUGCGUAUUUUAGGUGGCUUAUUUAAAAAGAAAAAGAAAAAAAAAAGGGCUGUGCUAUCACAUUUUUCACUUUUGGAUAACACCUUUCAUUUAUUGUGUUUAAAUUUAUCUCGUUUCAUUUUAGGUCAAUGUUUAAAUGUACAACACUUUGAACAUGUGAUUUGGUUACAAAAAGUAUUUGUCUUAUGAAGGAAAAGAUUGCUCAGUGGUUGAUUAGUGCUGGAACUGCUGCUUGCAAACAGCUGUAACGAGGGGUUUGAUAAGCCAAUAACGAGCUUCAGGACAGCCUGCAGGAUUUCAUGGCAGAAAGAGACAAGAGCAGUGUGAGCCACAUUGGUAUGCUAUCAGUCCUGAACAUUAGUGACAACCAGUUGAUAUUGAUCAUUGGAGCUUAUUCUGCGUUUUCAAUCCCUUUGUUUACUCCUCUGCAUGUUGAUGCUGCUGUGCCUGUUGGGCUGAGGGCAGGUGGACGCUUGCGGGCACAGAGCUAAAGGUAGUGGUGUCACAUCUAAUCCAUUUCUCUGGAGAAGGUUGGAAGAUAGUGAGACAUUUCGGCUGUACAUUUGAAGUUCCUAACACCACUGUAAAAGAGAACCCACUACCAUACAUAAAGCAGCAGUUAAAUGCAAGAAAUACUACUAGGUGAAAAGUGCAAAACCAGACCUGUGUUACUCUGGUGGGUUUUCUCUGCUAGUUUGCUGCUUGAGCUCUCUCUGAACCCAUCUGAGCCUCUGUCCUAAACAUGGGCUGUUCCUCCAGUUGUAGGUGCCUCUCUGCUGUCUGAUUUACAGAACAGAGAUUUAUUUGCACAGAUAAAAAGCUACAGAGGUGUAUCUGCUAACCACCAGCCUUGGGUUCAUGUCUGCCUAUACCUUGUUUUACAAGUAAAAAGAAACAACAAACAAAACUUUGAGUAGCGUAAUUCACAAAGUAAUGAGCUAACAUCUCCUGGCAGGAAUUUAUUGGUGCUUUGUGCUUCAUUGGCAACUCCACCUUUUGUUAUUAAUUGCCUCUUUGCUGCUUACUCUUCCAGCAGUUUCUGAAGCCCAGUGCUUUGCUAUUUAACAUCAAAAUAGUUCAGGAAACAAUUCCAGCCUUACUGCUUCCAAGUAGAGGUUUGAUCACCAGCCGUUCUGUUAUAUAUAUAAGACUUUUUUUUAAUCAUGGACAGUAGUUCAGUUUUAAGAUAGAAUGAAACAUCAAUAAACUUCUGUAAAUUGGGCAUGCUUUUUUUAAUCUGGAAACACUGAGCACCUGGCAGCUGUGGUGGUGGGCAUUGCCCCGGUUUAGGUAAUGGGAUCAAAACGAAAGAUUUGUAAUAUAAUUUGUGUUGUAGUUUCUAAAAAUGAAACUUGUCUGAACAGAUGUUUCGUUCAUUUCUGGAGUCUUCAGAGAAUACCAAACAAGUGAGAAGCUUGUGUUUGACUUGAAGGAUGUUUUAAACCGCAGGUUGAGUAGCAUUUGGGCUUAUUUAACAUCAAAAUCAGAAGUUUCUAUUGGACUAAAGCUAAGCACAGUUCCUGCCAUACGUGCGUGCAGGCGUGCGUGUGCACUUCCAUUCCGGGUUGGUAAGGGCUUUGUGUCAGUUUCUCAAUCUCAUGUACCUGAAUGAUGCUGGUUUAUUUUUUCACUUACUACAGGAGAGGAGUGCAAGGAUUGCAGACACAUACCUGAGCGAUAGAAGUGAGAGGGAGGAGAAUGAAUUGCUUUGCAUGCGCUCAACCGUGAGUUGUAGGUGGAAGGUGUUCAUUUAUUCUGGGGGUUGUCUCUUUAAUUCGGAGCAGUAUUUUGGGAUAGGUUGUGAGUGCUUCACGUUCACAUUCAGACCGAUUACACCAGCUGCGUAUGGCAGCAGUCAGCUGAGGGGUUACACAGGAGAGGCUUUUCCUUUCAUACAAUCAGUGUAGGUGUGUAAAUAGGCAAUGCCUGUAUAUUCAAGGAUUGUAUAUAUGUAUAUAGAGGAGUCAUAUCUAUUAUAAAUAGUCAGUAGAUGUGUAGAGUACUGCUAUAUUUACAUUUUUAUUACCCUGAAAUUAUAUCCAUUUUUUCAUAUUUACUGAGGUUUUCCAGCAGCUCGUUGGUAGCUGUAGAACACCUUUCAGUACUGUUCGUGUGGCACUGUUGGUAGCGUUGCUUCGGAAGCAGUCUCUGCUUUUGAAAGUCACUCAUGUCUGUGGGGUUAAAGUGGCUGCUGAAAUCAGCUAUACAGUUUUGUAUUUUUGUAUAUUUUUAUUAAUAGUUGCAAAUGUGUUGUGAACCGACAGCACCGUCAGGUCAGCCCACAGGACGGGCGCUGUGGCAGCGCACACUUUCUGCACCUGUGUGUGCUCUGUGUGCUCUCCUGGAGCAGCUCGGUCAGAGCUGCCGCCAGCACCGCUUCCUGUCUGUGUCUCCGAGCAGCUCCUGCAGGCACGGAGCAGCGGUGCGUGUGCUCAGCUGAGCUGACACCAGCAGUGUUCUUACAGUGGGUUCGUGAAUCUGCCCAGCAAGGGAUAUCAGCGGCUGCUCAGCUUGGGUUGCGGUUGGGUCGUGAUGCUGAGGCUUAGUCUGUAGGCAUUCCUCUUCUCUUUGCUCCAAUCCUCGCAUGUAAGGGGAAGCGUCCCUAAACCUGUUUUUAUUUUUAUUGAAGUAGUUGAUAUCUGGAGCGCUGUCUCCCUGGAGCCCUGUGAAAGCUCUCCCCAGUUCCUCCCCAUAGGGAAUGCUGUCCCGACCCAUACCGAUUUCAUGCAGGUUGUCUGAGAAGUUGAGCUCCCUAAAAGGAAUCCCAGAUCGUGAACUCAGCAGUGUGUGCUUUGUCCAUCGUGACUCCUCAUGCCAAAUCUUAUGGACUCCACUGCAGUUUGGCGUGAGGUUGAUCAGUAGACAUUGUUGUCAAAGCAUCUCUGCUAAACUGAAAGUAGCAUCCUCAUUUCUUUUCUCUGAGAUGAUUUCCACUGCUUCUGGAGCUGGAGACCUGUAGCUUUUGCUAUCACAAUUGAUGAAAUUGCUCAUAACAUAUCAGUAUACUGGGACGAGGUGAGGAACAAGAGGAUUUCACUGCCUCCUGUGGGAUACUCACCGAAAUUCUUUGCAAGUGCUCAAUUUAGCCUCCAGAAUUUCAGUACAUAGCCCACUGAAGACGUUGUGUGCAUUUGUUGUAAUUAAGAUGAGGAAAGGGUCCCAUGUUUGGAUGAUGUAAAUUGCCUUAACUUCCCUUUAGUCUGCAGAGCUGCCCCCUGUAAGCUGGUGAGGAUCUGCCCCGUGCUGCUGGCCCAGGCUGCCAAGCAGCAUUGCUGUGCCGUGGAGCCCCCAGGCACUGCCCCCCCCCAGGAAUAGUGGAACUGGAGACAAGUUCCAGUGUCCCACUUAAAAGCCCACAGCAUUGCUGAAGCUUUUUAAUUUUGAACACUAUUGAAAAUGUGGAGUCGCCUCACUUUACGAAAGCUCGCUGCUGAUGAGUAAGCUCCAAAAUCUUUCAGAUCAGAGCAUUCUACCUCUGUUAACACCUGCAUCUGUCUCGUGGUGCUGCCACCUUUUCUGCCAUGUUUUCCUGCAGUGCACUGAUCAACCGCUGAGCUGCCUUUUCCCUUGUCCUGCAAUGUGAAAGUAGCACCAGAUAUUCCCUGUGCAUUUCUGUGUAUAUGGCUUUCGUAGAUGGGAUUUUCAAAGCACUGAUCCCCAGUGCUUUCGGUUUGUUCUAUGAGGGGGAUAUUUCAUUUGCAUCUAUGUUUUUAGCUAUCCUGUGAUAACUUGUUGAAUAUUAAAAAAUAAAAAUAUUUUGCUUCUAUUGGGACAUUUGUAUACUCGCAACUAUAUUUCUGUAAACAGCUGCAGUCAAGAAUAAAACAAUGAAAGUUUUCAUUUUGCAGUGUAAA